CAGAAAUAGUGAGAGUCAGACAGAAAGUAAGAAUAGAAAGGCAGUCAGUUUAAAUAGUGUUAGAGUCAGAGAGAUAGAGAGAUGGUUGGAUGGCUGGAAAGGGAAAUUAUAAGAAAGGCAAAAAACUCGACCUCCUAAAGAGAUCGUAUGUCUGAGCUAGAGACGACAAGGAAUCGCUUGCCACAGUGGAAGUGCUCAAGUCUAACAACGGGAACAACUACAACAACAAUAACAACAACAACAUUAUCUCUAUCAGUAGUAGUAGCAGCAACAGCAGCAUCAACGACGGUAGCAGCAAGAGUAAGCAUGACCAUUCCUUCUACUGCUACCACUGCCAUCCUAACAUCUAUAGCACCCACUAGCUCUACCCACUGUGUCGUACCAAUAACAGCUACGACAACCACAAUAGGCAGAGGUGUCACUAUAAACGUCACACUUUUCCCGGAUAGAGUUUCUCCAAGAAAAGCUGACAAAGACGAUGAUAAUUUUGAGAGAGAUGGCACUGGCGACCAGAAAGCCGGCUUGCUGUCUUACAGUGAUUCUCAGACUUACAGUCCCGUAACUGCAACUACAACGUAUUUUCGUUAUGGCUUCUUCUUUGCAAAGUCGGCGGCUAUUGCUAGAAGGGAUGGACUUCGGCCGUUAACAGAUUUCUUGUUCUGGGCCUUACUGUUAGUUAUAUUGGAUAUCCCUAAAUGUGGACCUGUAGUCACGUGGGCGCGACCACUGCACCCGCCACCACCCGUUGACGGAAUGCUGCAGAAAAGGACAGAACAACUUAUUGGACAGCUGUCCCACUACGAGCUUGUCAUACCAACUCUCGUUAAUCGGAAAGGAGAAUUUCUUAGUUACAACCUGGAAAUUUCUGGUGAUGAACAUGAGCCAUCAACAACAAACCGUAAAAAACGCCAAAUUUUUCAAGGCCCUGGUUCUGGACAUUUCUGGUCCAAUUAUUAUAUCCAUGAUCGUGUAUUCUACAAAUUGUCAGCCUAUGGCAAUGAUUUCCAUUUUAAUUUGACACUGAAUAAGAAACUGGUUUCCAGUAAUUUUGUUGUUGAAUACUGGGAUAAAUAUGGUGUUAAGAAGCAGCAUUUUGAUGUCCAUCGAUGUCAUUUUGAAGGCUUCAGCUACCAACCAUAUAAAUCAGAAGCUGCCUUAAGUAAUUGUCAUGGUCUGCAAGGUGUCUUUACAACAGCUGAAGAUAACUAUUUUGUGGAACCUUUGUGGAAUCAUACAAACGAUGUGGAACGAGAAGGAUAUCCUCAUAUUGUUUACAAGAAAUCUGCCUUGAAACUUCCUGGUGGGGCAGCUCAUUGUGGAGUGAAAGGUAGGGUCCUUAAGUUGUCAUCUUUGUUAUCAACUGCAAUCAUAAAGCAUAUGUAA